UCGACCUUUGAAGUAUUAUUUUUAUUUUUAUUUUAAUUAGGCAAAGUACCAUUGCCCUCUAAUUCUGAAGAUUGAGGUAACGCUUAUCUACGACCACUCAAAGCCGACUUCGCGCGAUUACGCAUGAUAUAUUGCAUGACACCGGAUGGCGUUUCAUACACAGCAGGGCGGCCAUUGGGUCGGGCACGGACCUGGCUAUAUGCCAGCCAUGAGCCCAGCCAUGCCUCCUCUACCAGGUCCUCAAGUUCACCACCAGCCUCACCCACAACCAAGUGGACCUCAACCUCAAAGACCGGAAACGUAUCGGCUAGAAGUCCUGCAGCAGCCUACUAUGGCUAAGGCAGCCAAUGGCAAGGACAAAGAUCGAAAACCUGUCGACCCGCCUCCUAUCCUACAAUUACACGUUCCGAGUGACGAAGACCCCGACGGCGUGUAUCGACAAAGCCCUUAUCUCAUAGCGGUUGCGUAUCUAGAAUAUGCGCACCCACCAGGUCCGAACGGCCAAGCGUCACCGCCGGCGAAUAUGAUGGCUGGAACAACAGUAUCGUCUCUACAUCGACUAAAGGAUCCCACUAACAAAGAAGGGGCGUUCUUCGUAUUUGGAGAUUUAACAAUCAAGAGUGAGGGAGAAUAUGUCAUUCGUUUCGAUUUGUUACAAAUGACGAUGGAUAACCUCGAAGACGGCGAGUUCUGGGUUACAAUAUGUUCGGUGACAAGCGAUCCUUUCAAAGUCCACGCGGGAAGAGCUUUUCCGGGAAUGGCGGAAUCUACGUUUCUUACGCGAUCGUUCAGCGAUCAGGGAGUCCGUCUUCGAUUACGCAAGGAUUCGAGACAGAUCGCCAACAAGAAGAAGAAUUUGCGCAUGACGGAUCAAAUGGAUAAGCAAACAGGGCACAGGCAGGGAAGCACUUCGCAAAAUGGCGGUAUGCCACAAAUCGACGAGCGAUCUUACCACGACUACGGAGACGAACCUGUGGCGAAGAGACAUCGAUCUGAAUAUUCACUUAAUCCAGGAACGCCUACACAAGAAGGAGGUCCAGAUAUGCGAUGGAGCUCCUAUCCCGCUCCUCCAGGCCCGACAUACAAUUCUCAGCAGCUACCAUUAGGAUCAGUCACUACAGGACCACCGAGCACGGCUGCGACAGUUUCGAUGCCUCCCCCGACCGGCCGUAUCGAUACUCACUUCUCUUCCAUGGCCCAAGGGCCCCAUGGCUUCGAACGCCAGUCGCCGAUAACCCACUCGCCGAUUCAGUUCGGAAACGCGAGUGCUCAAAAUUCCUCGCAUCCUUUUAUAUUCACAGCAGGUUCUAAUACCGGAAAUAAUCCGCCCUUGAAUCUCGCUCCGAUUCCACCGCACCCGCAAGCCGCGAUGGCCUCACCGAUACACAAUGUUUCUCCCCGAUCCCACGGCCCGUUAAACGGCGCACCACCUUCGGGAACCGCAUCACCAGUCGGACCUAAUAUGUAUACUACAGCGCCGCCGACUUCGAAUACACAUCCGACACACCAAUCACCUUAUACUAAUCAAGGACCCUACCAAAGUAUGCAGAACGCUUACGAUCACGGAAGUCUCCGAGAGCACGGUUUAGGCACACCGUUGACGGCAACUAUGCCAUCGGAAAGCCUGAAUGGAUCAUACUCUAUCGGAGGUGCGGAUACAUUCGACCAUCACCUUGGCCACAUGGUUAAUAAGACACAACAAGACCACUAGCAGUGGACGGAGUUGCUCACUCCCAUGUUGGGCCUAGGUAAUCAUUACGGUUGAGAGCAUUGCUCGCCGAUCUGUUACGAAUAUUACUUUCUAUAACGAGGCGCCAUAUACCCCUUUUUUCGAGAUCAAUAAAAACCCUACGCUUUAGAAUAAUACUUUACAAAUUCUUUCACUGGCACCUUAUGACGAUAUCCUUGCAAC